AUGUCUGGAUCAAAUCCUUUCCGCCGUAAGAAAUCAAGAGGUGAUGCUCCUUUUCCGCCGCUUCCGAAUCAUUCAGCUCAUCAAUACCAGUCUCACUUCACUCCUUCCAUAUCAUCCCAGUCAACCGCGACCGACCCGACGUCUCUCAGCCGUUCCUCAAAUGAUGUAGUUGCUACAGAGCAGGCGGACUUUCCUCCCCCGAGUGCGGGCGCCCCUCUCCCAACCGCCAAUGCGCGGGGUCUCGACGACCCCGAGACUUCGGAUGAUCACUCCGACUCGGAUCCCUUUGGACAAGACUCAGACGUGAGUGAUGAUGACGUUGAAAGGCCGGCAACCCCAGUGAACCCGGUAAUAGCGCUUUAUCCUCAAGAGACAGUCGGCGUUAGUCGACCUUCUGUUUCAAGUCAGGCUUCCACAACCACAGCCGGCGCUUAUAAGGAACAAUUCCCGACAACUGCUGCUUCUCAUGUGAAUAUCGCAGAAGUUGGAGGACUACGGGAGACCACGGAUAUAUCUAGCUCAAUCGCCUCGAGCUUGUCGUCCGUUUCGCUGGAGAAAUCAAGCAGCGACAACAGCGGCAAAGAGCGUCGGCCAUAUGUACACGCUAGAAGCUCGGCUCGGCCAGUUCCGUUAGGAACAAACGCAGAUUCAGAUGCUCUUGCUACUCGUUCGGCUAACAAUCGCGAUAGGGUGCCACCUCCUCCGCCGAAAAGUCACCAUGGGAAGCUGAUUAGCCCCGGUCUGAACAAUGCAUCAGCUGCGUCGCAAACAACGCCUAGCAGAGCUACAAAUCGGGUUUCUUUCCAUGGCUCUUCCCCGGGGUCUCUGGUUUCUCCUCGAAUGUCGCAGGAGAAUACAGACUAUUUUGGUAUACCCUUGAGCCACUCCGCGUCACCGGCCGAUAGUUUAAGACGCAGUCAAUCCCAGCACAAGCGACCACCUACUCCGCCGUUGAGUAGACGACAUGGCCAGAUGAGACGGUCCAAGUCGACGCUCUCGAAACCGAGCUCUUCCCAGUUCUCUACACCCCAUUAUACCACAUCGAUACCCUCAAGUCCUAGCACUCGAUCACUGGCCCCUUCAGUACGAAGUCAAGACUCUAAGAAUGACCCACCCGUCCAUGAAAAGGCGAAUUUGAAACCUGGUUCGCAAGCAGAAAACUUAGCACCGGCUUCUUAUUCAGAUGAAUCCGAAAAAUCGGGGUUGAGCGUUCAGUCGAAUCCUCUGACUACAUCAAAACGAGCAUCCUUGACAAAUCAACUACCGCCCCCUCCUCCUCCCCGGCGCACUCGCGUGACCAACCUCAAUAGCGAUAAUAACAAGUGUUCGAGCGUUGCUUCAGAACACCGCACAGACCAGCCUGAGAAUUUUGUUCCGCAUCCAUCAAAUGCGAAGGACAUCCUGGCGGAUCUGUCGCGGCUGCAGAAAGAGGUAGAUGAUCUUCGAGGGCAUUAUGAGAACCGCGCAGCUCGCUAG